AUGCAAACACUUUUAUCCAGUGGUUUGCAAAUAAGUCAGCUUGUUUUUUUUUUCUUUUGCUUUCUUUUCUUCAAAAAGUCAAUUCUAAUGUGUUUGCCUUAUAACCAGGUCAGAAUGAAGGCUCUGUUUGGCUUCCUUGGGUUGAUAAUGACGGCUCUGUUGAGCCGCUCCGUCCAGGGAGCAGACUUUCCUGAAGACUGCUCAAAGAUUCGGGCUCAGUCGCCACACGCAAGCAGCGGGGUUUACGUCAUCCAGCCAACAGGAACCGAAACUCACAUCAGGGUGUACUGUGAGAUGCGUCAAACGGACGGCUGGAUCGUCAUCCAGAGGCGAAGUGGAGGAGUGGUGUCCUUUGACAGAGGAUGGGCUCAGUACAGACACGGGUUUGGAUCCCUGACUUACGACCACUGGCUCGGACUAGAGAAAAUGCACAUGCUGACUAAUGACACAAAUAAAGUGUGGACUUUGAGGGUGGACCUGUGGGAUCAUGGAGGUGGCCACGCGUUUGCCGAGUACCAAGAUUUUAGAAUCGGAGAUGAGGGAACGGCUUAUCGACUGCAUGUUGGGACGUACAGUGGAGAUGCAGGUGACGCCAUCCGCGGUGCCUACCCGGGCAUUGACCAAAACGGUGCUGGCUUCAGUACCUUCGACCGCGACAACGACAACUGCUCCCCAUGCAUUCAGGGAGACAUUGCUUUCAACAAGUGUACCGACAACCAUGGUGGCGGCUGGUGGUACAGCAGCUGCGGCUCCGCUGCCCUGAACGGUGACUGGCACUCUUCAGACGACCCGAUUGGCUGGGGGUCAGGCCUCCACUGGCUCACCUGGAAGCCAGUGCCUUAUUCGGCGAAGGUCAGCAGGAUGAUGAUCAAGUCUGAUUGAUGACCUCUCCUGGCUACAGUUAACAUCCAUGUGUUUAAUUUUGGUAUUGCUUCCAUUUAUUUGUGUUGGAAAAAAGUAUAUGUUGUUUCCUUGUGGAAAUGGCAAACAAAUAAAUGUCUUCAUAAGCCAUUUCUUUGUUUUUUUUAAUGGUGUUGUAGCACACAGAAAUAAAACUUAUUCAAUAGAUAAUGUCGACACAAAUACCAACAUUUUAAAUGAUUGAAACAAGAGAAUUGCUAAAUACAAUACCAAUAAAAAGCAUAACAUAUCCUC